AUGGCAAGACAGCAGUUUUUCUUUCCUCGAACGUUUUCAGUUUGCACGAUCUUUGAGAUGCUACACCUGCAGCCCUACGAGCCUCACCUCAAGCAGAGAGUCAGCACAGGCAUGCUGGACCGGUUGGUCAUCCCUGACACCAUCGCAUUCCGCAAGGGGUUUCCGGGAUACCCCCGAUGGUACCUGACGUCUGUGGUGGACAUGGGGAUGAUCAAGAGAAAGAACAGCUUCAACGUCACUCCCCGCAAGAUCCUUGAAGCCUUCACCAUCAAGAAGUCCAGGCAGCUCGGGCGAGGGAGCUCGGGGAUCAUCGCGAUGCUGAUAGAGGACGUGCAGUCGAGCUCAUCCAUGGCAGGGGAGGAGGAGUUCGGGAAGGUGGUGGUAGAGUACCUGGAUGAGGUCAUGCUCAGAGACUUUCUGCAGCACAGAGCAGGGACCUUCAGCGGGAUCCUGCAGAAAUGGGUGGAACCUAAAGGACCGGCUAACAGCAUGCUGCAUGCUGCCUGGCACAACAACGUGUGCAAGGUCGACAGCGUCACCAACGUGCGAUCGCUGAGGGACAGACGAUGCUCCAUGUACGAACGCGCCGUCACCUUCGAUGGAGGGAGCAGCUUAACUCGCAGAGACCCUGUGCCGCUGCUCCUGCAGAAGGAGCUUCAGGGCCUUUGCUCGAGCAUAUCGCGACACGUGGGGGUGGUGACGGAGCAGAAGGUUAGCGUGUGGGGCAUCCAGGGAUACUUCAAAGUGAGGGGCGACGGGAAGGUCGUAUUCCUGUGGGCAAGCAACCUUAAGAUCUCCUCCUCCCCCUCCUCCUCUUCGACUUCCUCCUCUGCUGACGCCUCCUUCGGCAACCGCAUCUGCUCCCCCACCAUGAGCGCCCCGGGGGAGGUCAACUCUGCAAUGAGCACGAUCAGGAGCAGGACGUACGUUUGUCCCGUGUCGAACAAGGUGUGCAGGUGGGAGGAAGCGAAGACUUUCAUCAGCUACAAGAUGAUCAUCUUGGAAUGGAACUCGAGGUUUCCCCCAGACAGCCUCUCCCUCGACUUCCGGCCCUCGUCUGCAAGGGUUCUAGAGGGCAGGAGGGCCCUUGAACCUCCUCCUCCUCCUCCUCCUCCUCGCCCUCUCUCUGCCAGGAUCUCCAACCACCGCCCGUUGUCAGCCCGCGUCCUUGUCGACGGGAGAGCAACGGAGGGGAAGGGAGCGACGGGGGACGAGCUGCGAACGUUGACGGAGGGCGGGGAGGAACGGCUGAGCGAGCAGAAGUGCAUCCCUGAGCUGAUCAGGAAGCUGGAGAACCUGAGCGACGUCAGUCUGUACAAGGCUCGGCUGCGAGAUGCGUCCUUCCUCUACAAGCAGGUCAGAGUGUCCGACGAGGUCGCCAAGUACUUUGCAAGCUUCGCUCCCUCAGUCGCCUCGCCGCGGGGGAGCAAGAAGAGCUUCGGGCUCGGUCACUUUCUUGACCACGAGCAGGAGCCUCGUCCUGCCAGCUCCCCUGUCUUCUCCUCUCGCACUCAGAGCACUGAGAGCACCAGCCUCUUCCGCUCCUCGUCGCUGCUGUCCGGGCAGGGAAAGGAGAACGAGAGAGUAAUGGCCGGAACUGAGUUGCAGCACAAGACAACGUUCAUCCCUCCGCUCAAGAUCCCCCGCCUCGAUCGAGCCUCCUCCUCCCUCCCUCUGGACCCCGUCAGGGUCGCCGAUCGCCUCCUCUCCCACCGACAGCAGGCGGCAUUGGCGCUGCACCUGCAGCGAUUUCGUGGCUCCCGCGAGCAGCCGCCAACAGAAGAGAAGGAGAGCAGGAGGAAGCGGGAGGGAGGAGGCUGGCGGAGGAGCCACCAAGACUUCUUUAUGCUCGAGUCCCUCAAGGCCCGGGUGCCCGAGAGGGUCAAUGACAUCCGGUCGGGAGGAUGGAGUGAGAGGAAGGAGAAAGAGGAGAGGAGCGAGGUACUGGUUCCUACAGCACCCAAGGAGCUGAAGAAAGGAGUAGGAGGUCUGGCGAGUGUGAGAAGGGUUGGGGUGGAGAAGGGGAGGAACGAGGAGGACUUGUACGCGAUGCUGGUGCAUCAUGAAGAACAGGAGCUGCAUGAGAAGGAGAAGCUGAAGCAGUUGAUCGCUGAGGCCAGGAGGGACCUGCAGCUCAUCGAAGAAAGUCAGUCGAUGGAGGACAGCAUGGAGAGUGUCGUGAUCGGACCGAUGGAGGACAAGACCGAUGAAGAGCAUCAGGACAAUGAGGAGGACGAGGAGAGGGACGAGGGCGACGACGACGACGACGACGACGACGACAGGGAGGGAGAGGAAGGGCAAGGAGGUCACAGGAGAGAGGAGGGAGCUCUUGAUCCUGACGACUUCGCCUCAUCAAGCGACGCGGAAGUUCUUUCAGGCGCGUCCUUGCGCUCCUUGUCGUCGGGUCAGGUGGACACGGAGGCCUUCACGCGAGAGUUGGAGGAGCGACGGGCGGCAGGCAUGGAGAGGGGGAGCGAUGUGCCUCCCCUCGACGAGUUUGUCCUCUCCGCUCUCGAGAGCGUCACCAACCUACCGGCUCACCUUCACCGCGAGCUGAUCAACGACCUGCUGCCCGAGCUCGACCCCUCCGAGCAGAGAUACUUCUUCGACAUCCUCGCGGAUUGCCAGGGGUUUGAGGAGGAUCUAGGCGUUUAA